GUGCCUCUGUUUGGUUCCUGAGUCUGAGAUGGGAGCAAGUGGCUUGCGAAACUGGUGGUGGCUUCAAACCACACUUCAGUAGAACAAUCUCUAGAGAAAAUUGCUGGGGGGAGGGAGAAGGAGGAGAAGGCGGUUUUCCUAGUGCCCCCUUCUAACGCCGUUUCUCCUUCUCUCUUUCCCCCUCCUCCCGUCCUCCCUCGCCCCGCAUGCUCCCGGCUUGCCGCCUGCAGGAUGAGUUCCACCCGUUCAUCGAGGCGCUGCUGCCUCACGUCCGAGCCUUCUCCUACACCUGGUUCAACCUACAGGCGCGGAAGCGCAAGUACUUCAAGAAGCACGAGAAGCGGAUGUCAAAGGACGAGGAGCGCGCGGUGAAGGACGAGCUGCUGGGCGAGAAGCCUGAGAUCAAGCAGAAGUGGGCAUCCCGGCUGUUGGCCAAGCUGCGCAAAGACAUCCGGCCCGAGUUCCGAGAGGACUUUGUGCUGACCAUCACCGGCAAGAAGCCCCCCUGCUGCGUGCUCUCCAACCCCGACCAGAAGGGCAAGAUCCGGCGGAUUGACUGCCUGCGCCAGGCUGACAAGGUGUGGCGGCUGGACCUGGUCAUGGUGAUUUUGUUUAAGGGGAUCCCCUUGGAAAGUACUGAUGGGGAGCGGCUCUACAAGUCGCCCCAGUGCUCGAACCCCGGCCUGUGCGUCCAGCCACAUCACAUUGGAGUCACAAUCAAAGAACUGGACCUUUAUCUGGCUUACUUUGUCCACACUCCGGAAUCCGGACAAUCAGAUAGUUCAAACCAGCAAGGAGAUGCGGACAUCAAACCACUGCCCAACGGGCACUUAAGUUUCCAGGACUGCUUUGUGACUUCCGGGGUCUGGAAUGUGACAGAGCUGGUGAGAGUGUCACAGACUCCUGUUGCAACCGCAUCAGGGCCCAACUUCUCACUGGCAGACCUGGAGAGCCCCAGUUACUACAACAUAAACCAAGUGACCCUGGGACGGCGGUCCAUCACCUCCCCUCCUUCCACCAGCACCACCAAACGCCCCAAGUCCAUCGAUGACAGCGAGAUGGAGAGUCCGGUUGAUGAUGUGUUCUAUCCUGGGACAGGCCGCUCCCCAGCAGCUGGCAGCAGCCAGUCUAGUGGAUGGCCCAAUGACGUGGAUGCAGGCCCUGCUUCUCUAAAGAAGUCAGGAAAGCUGGACUUCUGCAGCGCCCUCUCCUCUCAGGGCAGUUCCCCACGCAUGGCUUUCACCCACCACCCGCUGCCUGUGCUUGCUGGAGUCAGACCAGGGAGCCCCCGGGCCACAGCGUCAGCCCUCCACUUCCCCUCCACGUCCAUCAUCCAGCAGUCGAGCCCGUAUUUUACACACCCAACCAUCCGCUACCACCACCACCAUGGGCAGGACUCGCUGAAGGAGUUUGUGCAGUUUGUGUGCUCUGACGGCUCGGGUCAGGCCACUGGACAGCCCAACGGUAGCGGCCAGGGCAAAGUCCCGGGGUCAUUUUUGCUACCGCCGCCGCCUCCAGUGGCCAGACCUGUGCCCCUUCCUAUGCCUGAUUCCAAAACCACCAGCACGGCCCCAGACGGCGCCGCCUUGACUCCUCCAUCACCUUCAUUCGCAACGACAGGCGCCUCCUCUGCCAACCGGUUUGUCAGCAUCGGACCCCGGGACGGCAACUUUCUGAACAUGCCACAGCAGUCUCAGUCCUGGUUCCUCUGAUUAAGAUCAACAAAGAAACAACAAAAAUUUUUAAAAAGAGGUUCCUCAAAAGGGGGGAGAAGAGAUUUUGAGACAUGGAAAUAUCCCCCAGCCCAGCCCCACCGAAAAGCAAAACUUAGACGUCGUCAGCCACUCAGCCCUUCCCUCCUCCAGCCCGGGUAGCCCUGCGGUCCAAAGCAGCCCAGUCCCGGGAGCCCUCGGAAGGGGUCUCAGCCGAGUUGUACACCAGCAGCCAAGCAGAAAGAAGCAUGCUAAGCGGACUCUGCUAAGCAGAGGACAAACAGAAAGAAAAGAUGCAGCCAGCCCGGCCUUUCUGGGAAGGAGCAGCCAGUUCGCUGGUCUGCCACCUCUGCGGUUCCUGGGGACCCCCCACCCUCCACUGGACCUAAGCUUCCUUCGGAGCCCAGAGGAACAGCUCAUAAAGAUGAUGGAAGUAGACAUUCGAGCUCACCUCCGGACUUCGCCCCCCCCCCCCUCCUCUCCCUCUCGCCCUUCCAGGGAGCCUCUGCUCAGGCUUCUGUCCCCUGCUGCUCUGGACUAGGAUGGCCCCGGGGUGGGCAGGGGAUGUUCCUUGGAGGUAGCUAAGCUAAAUUCAGCAUUGAGUCCAGAAUGGAGGGUGUUCUGCCACCUCCCCCACCCCGAACCGCAGGGCAGUUCUCGGGCCGGACCCCCUCUGUACAGCACACAGGAAAAAGUCAGAAUGCUCUGGACUGGACGCUCAGCCCGGCACAGGCACCCUCUUCCAUGCCCGCAGGCCGCGAGGGCUGCCCUCUGCCACGCCCCUAUUGAAGGGAGUCGGCCCCAGGUCGCCCCGCACCCCAGCCCUGCAUGCAGGUGCCCUCGCUCCGCCCCUCUGCCCUGCCCCUGCCCUUGCCGCACACAGCCCUCCAGGGGCCGGCUGAGAGUGGAGCAGAAAGGGCCCCGGAGCCGAGCGAGGAGGACAAGGCUGCCUCCACCUGCACUAGGUAGGCGUCCUGCUCUCGAGACUCUCAGUUCCUGUGGAGGGUGGGGGGUGUCAUCCUUUUAAAAGAGUGUUCUGGAGCUUUCUGGUCCCCUUCCCUUCCCGCCACAUCCCGUGGCCACUUCUCCCUAGAUUUUAGCUGUAAUGUCUUUCCUCUUUAUUUAGGGGUGGGGCAGUCAUUGUUUGGGUCUUUCGCUGUUGCAGUUGGGAACUCCUCUGAGCAACUUGGGAACAAUUUCAUAACACACCACAGGAAGCAGCUCUCCUCCCAGCCCCCUCCUCCUGCAAGGGAUGGUGGAGGCUUGUCCAGAGGGUCUUGAGAAGCCCCCUGGGAGGGGAGGGGAACGCGAGCACGCCAGCCCCCCUCCAAGGUGACUGGACCCCUCUGGCUUGUCUUUCUGUGCCUUAGUCCUCCUUCCCUGCAUCUCCCCUCCCAGGCCCAUUCUCAAGGCCUUGCGCCUCUCCGGUAUGAAAACACAAAGCACAGGUCAGGACCCUCCGAAAGUUGGUCCAACAUUACACCACGUGGGGUGGGUUGUGGGCUUUAUUUAUUGAGAAUCUAGUUGGUGAGGCUGCGGCCCUGAGCGGGCGAAUGGCCGCAUGCAGGGAGCUCGGGAUUGAGAGGCAGCUGUCCGGGCGGGCGCGCUGCGUGGAAGUUGAGUGAAGCCCUCCCCUGUGGCGUCCAGGGCCCGGGGUGGAGAUCCCGCGAGGGGCCUCCCUGUGCGAGGGGAGGGAGCCCCAGGAUGGGGGGCCGGGCGGGCCGGGCGUGACGCGCGGUCAAAGUGCAAUGAUUUUUCAGUUCGGUUGGCGAAACAGGGUCAGAGCUAAGAGCUAGCGAAAGAGGGUCCCUGCCCAGCCGCGUGCGCCUCUUCGGUUGGUCGAAGACAGUCGGGCUGCGGGCAGGUGCUGUGGGUUUGCGGGGCACACGCCCCGGGCGAGGUCAGAAGCUGCAGGCCAGCUGGGCCGGGGCCCAAGGUGCCCGGCGAGGUACCCCCGGGAGGACCGGGGUGGGGUGGGAGUAGCGCUCCUUUCCCAAGUGGUGUUGUGAGGGGCAGGCGAGGGACGAUGAGGGCAACAGAUGUGGGGACGUGUUAGGAGAGGAAACAACCCA